AUGUCAGAUGAAGAUUAUAAUUCAGAUUGUAGUGUGGCGUCUGACUAUGGGCUACUGAAAAAAGCUAUUCCUUUUGAUACAACACUUCCAGCUAAUUUCAAUCCAAAUAAGAUACCAGAAACUGCUGAAGAGUUUUUACAAUAUUGUUGUUAUGAACGAUCCCUAAUGAAACCUUGGACCACUGCAACUAUUGAUCCCUCUAGAUUACAUCAUGUGGAAAUCAGGGAAUUCAAAGAAGAAAAAUUGCCUAAUUCUGUUGCCUCUCAUCUUCUUCCAACACAGCAAUGGCAGAAAGAAAAAUUAGAAGAAUUCCGGGAAUUUAGAGACUUCAUUCAGUCUAGGAUGGAAAUCACUUCUAAAGAUGUUCUUAGAGAAAUUGAUUUCAAGGAAAAAAUUGUUAGUUCAUAUCCUCCAUAUGAAGAAGUUAUGAAGUAUUCACAAGCUGAUAAAAUCAAAGCAUUAGAACUUAUAAAUGGUUAUUUAGAUACAUUGGAUGAUGGUACAUGUUUUGAAAAUUAUGUAGGGGUUUGGAUAUAUUCAAUGUUUUCACUUCUUGACACUCCUCUUAUAUCAGAUGAUUGUCACGUUGUUAGAACUCUAGCUAAAAAAUGCAUUCAAUUAAGAUCAAAUUACAAAGAAACAGAUGUGAAGAUGUUUCAUCCUCUAAACUUGUUCAUCUGUAUUGUCUCAAAAUUCUUUGGUCAAUUGGACCUCAGUGAUCCUUGAAUUUUAUAUAAUUUGAGUAUAUUAUAGGUUGGCCUAACUCAUUUUCAGUUAAUGACUUAAUUCCAGAAUCAUCAUUUAUGUUACACUGAAGAUAUCUGUGAUAUUCUUAUUAUUAUAUCUUGUAAGAAAAUUCAAUAUUUUCAUUGAAAUUUGAGCCUGUGAGGGUUGCAAUUAAAAAAAUAAAAUAUA